GUGUAUUUUAUUAUAUCGGUAGAAGGCCAAUCUCUAAAUUAAGCUUACAAAAAGCAUGAGACGAUUACAUAUCGUAGUCCAAAAAAAGGGGGGGGGGGUAGUAGUGGCCAUACUCUAUGUGCCUGUGGUUACAACGGUAGAUGAGAUGUAAAUAAAUGUAAGGAUCAAGCAGGAAUCAAAAAGUUUUGUAUCAGUUUAUAUUUUUAUGCAUUUCUUUAGAAUUCCGGAAUUUUUCCAGAAAGUUUUGACUUUUAUAAAAAUAAAAACAUUUCCGAUCAUGAGAUCAUUAUUAACAUAAUAACAUAUAUUGAAGACAUAUUGUAUUAUUGGGCAUUAAAAUUUGCAAUGGAUCGAGGGAGAGCAAAAUCUACCAUGUCUACAACAGCUGCUGUCGGAUGCAUGAAGACACUUCUGAUGAUUUUUAACUUCAUAUUUUGGGUAACUGGAAUAUCUAUCCUAGCUUUGGGAAUAUGGACCAAAGUGGAUUUGUACAAGUACAUGGAGCUGUCCACGAUAUACUAUAAAGAUUCUCCCUGGAUUCUGAUUGCAGUUGGUGCUUUGAUUGUGAUAGUAGGAUCCUUUGGGUGUUGCUGUACGGCCAAAGGAAAUGUUGUGUUAUUGUACAUGUAUGGACUAUUCCUUGUGCUUGUGUUUGCUGUGGAACUUGGUGCAGGUGCAGCAGGAUUCUUUUACAAAGGAAAGCUUGAACAAGGAUUUAAAGAAGGACUUGAGAAUGCACUGAAACAAUAUGGCAACGGAAAUCAAGCAAUGGAUGAACUACAGACCCAGUUACACUGCUGUGGUAGUAAAAGCUACGUAGACUGGUUCAGCACACCGUGGGAGGAGACGAAGAAUGGCAGUAGAGCUGUUCCGCGCUCUUGCUGUAAAACUGAUGUGUGUAACAACAUGGACGUUAAAGAUGCGAACGUCACAGACAUCAACACGACGGGAUGUUACACUAAAGUUGUGGAUUUCAUGCAAUCAAAUAUGGCUGUUAUUGCUGGAGUGGCAUUUGGUAUUUCUUUUUUCCAGCUUUUGGGGGCAUUACUAGCAUGCUGUUUGGCAAAGCGUGUCAACAAAUCCAAGUAUGAGCAGAUGGCAUAGAGGGCUCAAAGUCAGGACAUAGUGGGCUCAGAUAAAGUCAAGUCAGAAAAAGUUUUUUCUGAAAAUUCUACAAAUGCACAUUGUACUGCUUUAGAUGUUUUGCUACUGAAAUGUGAUCUCAAGAAAAAAAAUGGAAUAUCGUUUUUAAUCAAUUGUCAAAUUUUACUUCAUAGUAGGAUGCUUAUAUUUGUAUGAUAUUCCAAUUAGUAAAACUAUAAUUUCAUACUGAUCGAAUAUGAUCAUGUAGUCUCAUGAAUAUUCUUCAGUGACUUUAGUUGGCUUUUCCAAUAAGGUGCACUUUUUGUUAUAAGUUUAAGAGAUGCUUGCAUCAGACUAAAGACAUUAAAUUAAGGAUAUGUAUUCUUCUCAAACUGAGAAAUACAAGGGAGUGCUAAACGUAAACUUUUCUUAUAAAAGAAAGGUAGAAUUUGAUUCCUGCAUUUUGUGUACUUAAAAGAAUUUGCCCUUUGAUACUACCAAGGAAUCAUUUAAAUUCGUGGUUUGGAAUUUGUUGGAUAUGGACCCACAAAAUCCAAGAGAAUUGAGCCUCCACAAAAUUUAUGAAUUCCUCAGUAUUAUGAAAUUAUUUCCAAAGUUUAAUAUUGAGUUUUUUUGCCCUUUUGAUUUGAAAUGGUUUCAUUAAAAACAGACACAGUAUACAAAGAUUUAAUCUGCUCUAGAUAAAACGUAUACUUUUGAAACCUUAUUUUAUUUGUGUAUGUAGGUAUUUUAUGAAUUUUAUAUUAGUAAACAAAAAAUGGCUACACAAUGACUUUGUGGUAUGACUUUAUUAUACAGACUGUAGAAGGAAGUUUUAUUUUCAUUCUCAAAAUGUAUUUCUGACUAAUGUAUAAAUGAUCUUUAGGGGUUUUUGAAUGCAUUUCAUUUGUUAUUGAAUUGUUAGAAAACCCGAGUGUAACUUUGACCUUUACAAUAACCUUGUUUAGUCUUAUUAUCAAUAUUAAUAUAUUGAUAUGAAUUUGGAUAGAUAUUCCUGUUUUGGGGUUGUUUAGUAAAUUAGUUUAACUGAUUUAUACCAAAGUGAAGUACUAGUAAUCAUUCACCAGUUUAUAUACAGUUUUUUAUUAACAUUUACCUAUUAGAAUUUCUGUUUGAUACAAAAUGACUGUUCUAUUUUUAGAUAUCUUAGAUAUCAUAACACUGUUAACCCAUAUGGAUAUGUACAAUAUCUUUUAUUUUACAGUUUACAUGUUUUUUUUUAUUAACUGAUUUUAUAGAUUUUUGUUGAAUUGUCAGAAAUAGAGUUUAUUUACAUGCUAAAAAUUGCACUUUGUCUUACACAGCCAUGAAAACACUGAAAAUUAGUAUUUAAUGAUGAACAUUUUGAAAAGAAAGUAAGAUUUUUGUGUAAACUGAGUCAAUCCGGUGACUAGUUUUGCUCCGUAUCCGGCAUUAUGGUAAAAAAAUAAUUAAUCAUGAUCAUUUCUUUUACACUAUAAGAGGUAGAGCUUGCAUAAUCUUUGACCUUGUGACCUUAACAUUGACUUUUGACCUGUUUCCAGUUUGCUGUAAUCCGGAGGCAUCGGUGUUUCACAAACACAUCUUGUCUAAUUUGGUAUGAUGCACCUUUUGGACAAGGGGGAUUUAAAUUAAAUUGUAUUUGUAAGAAAAAACUAAAUGCAUAGUCAGGUAGAGCUGGAAGGCCUUUACCAAAAUUGUAAAUUUCAUGAUCCAUGGAAAGAAUUUCUGACUCUGGGAGUGUUUAUAUGUAAAACAUUUAGAUAACAUCUUCUUUAAUGCUAUUGAUGUUGAAUUGAAACUAAAUAGAUAUUUAGAAGGAGCAGGUAGUCCAAAAUUGUAAAUUUUAUUUCCGCAAGGUUAGAGGGUUCUGUACCAGGGUGGGGCUGAAAUGGUCAAGUAAUGAAAUGUCUUUUUUGUUAAAGGGACUGAUUCACAAUUUCCCCCCAAAUUUUGUUUAUCACUUUUAAUGAUUAAAAUCUACUUCUAAUGCAUUUAAAGGGUUUCACAGAAAAAAUGAAGGGUAUACAUUAUCACAGAAGCUCAUUUUAGUGAGUUUAUUAUUUGUUUUGUAAACAAAGAUUGCGGUAUGUUAUUGUUUACUAAGUUUUCAAAAGAAAUGGAUUUUGAUCUAAGUUUAUCAUAUCUAUCACAUUUCAAGUAUUCUUUUAGUAAAAUGUGUCAUCUAAAAGUUUAAUUUGUGAUUGUGUAAACUUAAGGUGCUUUAAAUUUAUACAAAAUUAACAUUUCACUGGUUUGAUUGUAAUUAUGAAAAUACUCGAGUCUUUGUUUACAUAACACAGAGUGAAAGCCAAAAUAUUGCUCUUAACUUUGCAGUUAGGUCAAAUUUUGGCUGUCAGUAUUAAAGGAGUUAUACAGUAUUUUAAAUAUUUCACAUCAAAAUUGAAAAACAUUUUUUCAAAAACGCAAUUCAGUCCCUUUAAUUUUGCUGCAUUGUAAUAUUGUCAGAAUAAAAAAAAACUACCAUCUUGUUUUAUAAGUGGUGCUGAAUAAUAGAAAAUAGUUCAGAUAUACAGAACAGGAAAAUUAUUAAAUGAAUAGCCCUUGGAGCUUGUGAUACCUUUAAUUGAUAUUGAUUUAUUAAGGUGACCAAUAAGGCCUGUGGGCCUCUUUUUUGAAAAUCAUGAUGUUUGUACAGCCAUGAUACUUGUACAGCUGAAUACAACACUCUAGAUCUGUGUGUUUGAUUAUAUGACUCUGGAUCUGUGUUUUUGAUUAUGGUACAUGUAUUGUAAAUUUAAGUAAAUAUUGUGUUUAAUUAUUAAUGUAUGCAUGUGGAAUACGCAAUUUUCUAUUCUCUUUCAUGUUACGGUGUCAGGUGCAUGUAUAUAUAUCAUUGUAUUUUAUAUUUUCUGUGUUUGCAUAAAAUCGCUUUUAGACCGAUUUUUGUUUUUAUGAACAUGUAUCUACCCACCGUAAUGAAAAAAAAACCUAAGUUAAAUUGUAUUGAUAGUUUUAUGAAUACCUUGCUCAAGUUCAAAGAAAGAAAUGUGUUUUCUCUGAAUAAAAUGUUUGGUUAUUCUAUGAUUGCUUUUGAAAUAAAUGAAUUCAAAAUAUAUUUUAAAAAUAGGAAGUGUUGACAUUGCUUUGUAGAUUGUGUAAAGCUGAUACCCAGUGCUGCUUCGUUAGUUGUUUUAAAUAUUUAUAGUUGUUGAACUCUUGAUUAUAUUCUGUUCAGUAUAUAUUGCUGUUAAGUCAUUUUCUCUUGUUAUUCGUUCAAUAAAUAUAUCACUUUAUUUAUAUUAAAA